AUGAGGAGACAUUUGAAUAUAGUAUAUAUUGAUUCAAUACAGCCUCGUGUCUUUGCACAUCGUUAUUUUACAGGGUAUGGGCAAGAAAGGGGUGGUAUUAAAGUUAAUAUAUUCAAUAAAAGUCCAAAAUAUUCUGUUCCAGUUAUAUAUUAUGAUGUUAUUCCUUGGUAUUUGAAAUUAUACCUACAUACUCUUAAAGUUCAAGUCAAUGGAAAAGAUUCAGUUGAAGGUGGAGAUAAUCCAAUAAAAGUUCUUUAUUAUCAACCAGCUGUUGAUAGAUCUAGACCCAAUGUUAUAGAGGCAAAAUUAUUAUUACUGCCAAAUUCUUUAACAACGUUAUCAAUAAAUUUUGACAAAGUAUUUUUAAAAUAUACAGAACAUCCACCAGAUGCAAAUAGAGGAUUUGACAUAGGUUCAGCAGUAUUAUCAACCUCAACAGAUACAAAAACAAAUGAAUUGAAUAAUUUAAAUAAUAUUAGAAAUUAUUUUAGUAUGCCGUAUAAUGUAAUAACAUUGACUUGUACUGUUAUUGCACUCUUUUUUGGUAGCAUGUUCAAUUUAAUGACAAGACACUUUUUAGCAUUGAAACAAGAAGAUGAACUGAAAGAUAAAACUGAUUAA